CAUCUAAUGUAUAAUUCAAGUUAUCGUAUAAAGCUAAAUUAAUUUAGCGAAGUCAAGUGUUAAGUCUGUGGGGUGGCGCUACAAGUUUGAGCAGUUUACCACGGAUGGCGGCAUGAGAGUAAUCUUUUUCUAACCAUGAAAUUUGACACAUAUAACAUACAUUAAAAUGUUACUAUGAAGUCUGCAAAAAAUAUUGGGACUGGUUCAUUAUGGGGAGAGCUGCCAGCAAGGGAAACUCUCAAGCAAGAAGUAAUCACUCCAGAUAUCAUAGAAAAUAUUUGGAGGCAAGUUAUGGAAGAGUCACAUAACACCGAUUGUGAUUAUCAAAUGGAAAGACAACCUGAUUACAUACAAUUACCCGUGGGAAAUCUUCAUGUAUUAAAUACUAUAAAUUUCCAUCAACAGUUACGAAUGAUGGAAGAAGGAAUGGUAUUGAAUAAUAUGACUACAAUUGAGUCACAAGAAUUAGCAGAUGUGAAAGAAACACAAACUUCAUUUCAAUUUUUACCUGUGCAGAAAGAACGAACUGGUUUCAAAAACUCAUCCACUGUACAUUAUCUCACACCAGAAACAACACGUGCUAUAUUAAGGCAUGCUGUUAUUGUUCUUCUGGCUCACAUUGGAUUUGAAAAGGGAUCAGAUAUAGCUAUAGAAACGUUAACAGAUAUCGCUGAUCAUUUUUUGCGAAGAAUGACUCUUUUAAUGAAAGUGGCAUACGAACAAAGGGAUCACGAAUUUCUUGAUAUAGUGGAAAGAGUUUUAUUGGAAACUGGCGUUGGUGGUGUAGCUGCUCUUCACGACUACUAUCAAGAAUACGUCUUAAAGUUUGAAGAAAACAUGAAAAAGAAGGCUGAAACAAUGAUGGAAAAACAGAGGCAACUUGAACUUAAUGCUUGUAGUUCUAAGAUGGUAUUAGAUGAAGCAGCAAACAAAUUACAGUUUGAAGAACUUGAUGAAUUCGGUAAUGUCUAUCGAGAAGUUCCGACGCUUCAAUUAUUAGAUCCUGAAAUGGGCUUUCCUCCAAGUCUUGAUGCUGGUUUUCAAAUGCUAUAUAGUUUAGAGCAGGAUGAAUUAAACAGCCUGGAAGUGGAAGAAGAAGAAGUAAAUGUAAGUGAUUCUCCGAAUACGGGACAACGAUCCGACACAUCUUUAGACAAAAAAAAGUCUUGAUAUACUCGAUAAUUGUACAAUUAUAACUUUAAUACCUUUAUGUUUUUUAAAAAGAAAAUCUUUUAUAAAAUCAUUAAAAAUCACAAAAUAU